AUGACCGAUCGAGUAGUUUACGUUGGAUCUAUUCCCUACGAUCAGACAGAGGAGCAAAUGCUGGACAUUUUCAAAUCUGUGGGACCGGUCAUUUCCCUAAAGCUCAUGUUCGAUAAAGAAACCGGCCGUUCAAAGGGCUACGGAUUCGCAGAAUACCCCGAUGCAGACACUGCCCGAUCGGCUAUUAGAAACCUGAAUGGAUUUCAGGUGGGCUCGAGACAAUUGCGAGUGGAUCAUUCUCAUGAGGGACAAGUCCGAGAGUUCUUUGCGUCUCAGAACCGAUUUCCCAACCCCAAUGUGUCUAAAAACGGACGUCCUGGCCUGCCAGCGGGAGUUCCUCUUCGGCAGGGUCUGGAACCUGCUCAGCAGGUGUCCGAGACUAUGAACGGGUACACAAAGAGCCAGAUGGUUGCCGUGGUGACAGACCUGAUGAGCAUGAGCAAAAACUCGCCUCAGCUCCUGGCGGACUUGUUUGCUCAGGCGCCCCAGUUGGCUUACGCUGCUGUCCAAUGUCUUUUGAACCUGGGUCUGGUGGACGAACAGCGGGUGUUGAGUGUUGUCAGAGGCAACCCUGCCCUCAAUGCUGGCGGCAACCCCCCAUCUGCUCCUGCCCAGUCCACACCCGAUCCUGUGGCUGGCAAUGCUGCUCUUAUUCAGCAGGUGAUGGCUCUCAGUGAAGCCGAUAUCAACGCUCUGGCCCCCGAGCACCAGAGAAGUAUCCGAGAGCUCAGAGACCGAAUCCAGCGAGGUGAGGUUAUUUAG